UUUAAACAGUACACACACAGUUGUUGCUUUUUCUUCAGAGCCAUUUUUUUUGCACAAAAAAUGUUUGGAGAAACGUUUAAAAAUUUUACAAUACAUUUCAACGCCAAUAACCCGAGAGUGACUUUCUCGAGUGGUGACUUUAUGGCAGGUCAGAUUUCCUUUGAUCUUUCGAAAGAAACAAAGCUCAGUUCUAUAACAUUAACAUUAAAUGGAAAAGCAAAGGUACAGUGGACAACACAAGGAGGAGGUGGUGGAAGAAGAGGACGACGCAGAAGGCAACGACGAGUCCACUCGGCAAGGCUGGAAUUCUUCAACUUCUCUCAAAUCGUAAUGCAAGAAAAUAACGCGGUCCCUAACACCACACUUCAACCAGGAACCCAUGUGUACCCAUUCACAUGCCAAAUCCCACAAGGAAACUUCCCCUCCUCUUUCCAUGGGGUGCAUGGCAGUAUAAUUUACUCGAUGAAGGUGGAGAUACACAGGCCAUGGCAUCUAGCCAAGGAGUUUGUGACUGAGUUCAACUUUUCCAGCCACAUAGAUGCCAACCAACCACAUCUUCUGGCUCCUCUGGCAGGCAGCAACACUAAGACCCUGUGCUGCCUCUGGUGUGCCUCAGGUCCCAUCUCAAUGACUGUCUGCACUGAGAGGAAAGGCUUUGUCCCAGGAGAGAUGGUGAAAAUCAUCUGUGAGCUUAGUAACGGCUCCUCUCGGACAGUGACUCCGCAUGCGACCCUUAUCCAGAAGCAGAUGUUUUACACCCAUAACAAGUGCAACAGGAGGUUGCAGAUGAAAAACCUGGCCUCAGUGGAUGGUCAGCCUGUCAACCCCAGAAGCUCUGAGGUCUACAGCGAUAUGAUGCUUCCCAUCCCUCCCAACACAACUCUCACUAUCUCCAACUGUCCUAUACUGGAGCUGGAUUACACUGUGGAUGUGAGUCUACGUAUCAGAGGUUCCACGGACCUCAAGGUGCUGUUCCCCAUUGUGCUGUGUAAUAUUCCUGUUUACGCUCCCCAGCUUCCACCUCCAUAUCAGUAGCAAUAGUACUAGGAUCACAUUGCCCCUAGACUCCAAUCUAAGGUCUGUGUUUUUCUACCUAGUGGUUAAGGUUAGGAUUUAGGCAGGGUAAGCAGCACUUAGAUACGAAUGUCUCUAAUAUGUACCUAGUCAUAUUAGAGACAUGCAUAGUGUCUCACAACUGGGAAUAUGAGGGUUACUAGGAACCAUUCUUCUGGUGAGCUGGUUUUUGUGUCACUGAUUAUUUGGACAAAUCACGAUUUCGUCGGGUUGGUGUAAACCUGGCAUCUUUAGAAUUUUGGAAAAGGGGGGGGUAAUUUUGGUCCACAGAUGGCUAAAAGGAUUUCAGAGGAGGGCAUGUGGACUUCGCCACUCACAUUAGGCCAAACAUCUCAACAUGCCCCCCCCCCACCAUGUCCAGUAGCUGGCCAGAGGCCGGCAUUCACUCUAGAUUUGGUUCUGGAUUCUGAGAUUAGACACUGCCAAACUCCUUUUAAGAUGGGGUUUCCAAUUCUACAAUUUAUACAUGUUUAUCACCAUAAGAAUUGUUAGAGCAAGUUUUGUCAUCGACCACCAUGUCAAAUCCUUCCUUCAUAUAUUGUCUCUUACCAAUACCUAUGUAAGUCUUAUGCUGUUUCUGCUCACUAUUGCCAUAAAUGUUCAGAAUUCAUUGCUUUUUUUUUAAACUGACAUUUCAGAGCCUAAUUCACCUCCAUCUAGGUCAUGAGAUGAGGAACUAUUGGGCAAUGCUAUUGCUUAGAGGACUAACUCAAUACUACAGCUGAUAAGGAAGAAGGCUUAAUAGACUACUAAACUUGCUCUAACAAAUCUUACAACAUAACAAAUUGUAGGAUUUAUGUUAAAUGCCUCUUAAAAAGGUUGAUUUGCAAUAGUUCUCAGGGUUGUACCAAAUACGGUACCAGAUUUUCUAAUAUUUUAUGCAUCAACUUUUAAAAGGUUUUUGUUCUGUUAAUAUUUCUGUUAUAUGUUUUUAUAGCCAUGCAGUUUUAUUUACGUGUAUGU